GUUGCUGACAUGGUUAGCACAUGUGCGCAUGCGCCACGUUUUACGCAUAUAUUCGUGCGCUAGCGCUGUCGCCUUAGCAAAAAAACAGUAAUGGGGAAAUGUCUGCAUCACUACCUGUUACUGAAUGUUCUACUGACGUGCUAUACUGUAGCAUUGUCUGUAGCAGCAGAUGGUAGUGGAUGCUCUGAUCUGUGUACUUGUUUCGGAGACUACGAUCCUAAUGCGACAUCAUGCGGCGCAUCUAGGGAACAGCAGUCUCAGAACUCCAACACUAACCUGUUUAUAGAGACAGAGUCAAAGGUCCUCUGCGGUGGAACGCUAAGUCGCCUACAGGUUCACUUUUACACUCAACUUACUGGUGUUCAAGAGGAAGAUGGGGAUCGAAAGAGAGUGAGUAGAAGCCGUGACAGAAACUGCAAUUGGAAUGCGGAGUUUGGACUGUUUCGUCGCAAUAUGGGCACUAAUGAGUUUCUGCUUGUAGAAGGUAGCAGCAGUAGUCCUCAGUCAAAUAUUACAAGCAGCACCUCGUGUCAGAUAUUCAGCAUGGACUUUAGCUAUCCUGAUCCAAGACCCACAGUUAAGGCCGGUGACCACUUUGUCGUGCUAAUUCGGAUGCGUGAUAGUGGAAGGCCAUGUGUGGUGCAGCCUUUCCCCCUAUCUUUCAGUGCAGGAAAUUUAAACCAGGCUUUUGAUAAACUGAGCAAUGUCCGAUUCAAUUCAUCUGCUGUAGAGGACAUGGGUCCAGAGUCUAUCAGUUUUGAUGCCAGAAUUCAACUGACAGAUCCUGGGAAUUGUACAAGUGAAUGCUGCACACCCUCUCAACGAGACAUAUGUAGUCUGUGUCCAGCACCAAUUUCAAUAGAUUUACGUCCUACUCCAUCUACUACAAUUCUGAGCGUUUCUACCAGUUUGGAUCAUGUAGCUCUGAAUGCAGGGCCCACAAUUGGUGUUCCUGUUGCUGCCGUGCCAUUUCUGGCUCUUGGACCAGUCAUCAUUGCUCUAACUAUACCCUUCUUUGUCUACCUUGUGUGGAAGAGAAAGAAUCGACGACAGCUUAAGAGAUCACUGGGCAGUAACCGAGCAUCGAAUAGUUCUGUUUCAGCUCGAAAUCUCAGCUGUUCAGUUGCUGCUAACAUAGACUCAUACAGGGAUCCAUCUGAUGCAGUGGUCAUUAUGGAGACCUCAAAUCACACCCACACUGGCUGUACCACCACCAUUAAGAACUAUCUCACUGCGGACUUCACUGGGGAUUAUUCUGUGGAAGAGGAUCCGUAUCAGGAUCCAGAUUCACUGGUACAUGUAUGGACUCUUUACGUGGCAUCAUUUGCAGUGUUUGAAUACAGUGGAACGUAUCCGAUAAGGGACCCUGCGAGAUAGGGACGACCUCUCUACAAGGGACACUUGUUUCAACACCAUGCUAAUACUUUAGUGUAUUAUUUGACCUCCGAGACCUCUCUACAAGGGACAAAAUCGUUGGCCCCAUAUCGUCCCUUGUUCGGAGGUUCCACUGUAUUCCUGUACUCUGUUACAUGGGAUGCCAUCACUCUAGUAAAAGACUGAUGAGUAUGAGUCAUUCAUCAUUGUGCUUACACUAUACUAGUCACUAUAGCCAACAAAGUUGUUUUGGAAUCUGUUUACAUGGCAUUGGUGGACAAUUGAGUGGCAAGUUUCAUUCUUCUGUCUGUACUCCGUAUGCCCAUAACCAGAGAACACUCUCACUUGUAUCAAUGUCAUGUGAGUUUAUCUGUGCAAAUCAGCAGUAAGAGUUGUGUAAAAGUGGCCUUAAGGAAAAACUCUUCGCCCAUGCAGCAGGACACAAAUAACAAAACUGUGCAGCCAACAUUCGGAGAUGUGGUGACCAAUCACUCAUACGCCCUUCUGCACCAGAGUCCUCAGUGCACAAGACAACAACAGCACAAGUCUAGAAGUGCUGGUGACACAGAACCAGGGGCGUGGCAGUACACUACACCAGCCCGUUCUGAAGAUGAGCUCAUAUCACAACUGAAGGAACUUACUGUCAGAGAAAUCUCCCUUGACCACAUAGAGACUUUGGAUGAAAGACUUGGUAUUGGUGAGUUUGGUGUGGUGAGGAGGGGAGUGUGGAGUGUGGGGGGAGAGGAGAGGGAGGUGGCUGUCAAGUCACUGGUAGAUGGCUCCACAGAGGAGAAACGUAUUCAGUUCCUGCAGGAGGCAGCCAUCAUGGGCCAGUUCAAACAUCCAAGCAUCAUAUCCCUACAUGGCAUUGUCACUACUACAAAAAUGCCUCUGAUUGUCCUCGAGAUUCUUGUGAAAGGUGACUUAAAAAGACAAUUAAGAUCACUCAAACCAAAAAGGCAUGGGCAGGAAGUGUCUGUCAACUGUCCUGGGAUCCUGCUCAGCUACUGCAGACAGGUGGCAGCUGGUAUGGCCUACCUCCAGUCUAGAGACUUUGUACACAGAGACCUAGCAGCAAGGAACAUCCUCAUCUCAUGUGAUGACAUUUGCAAGAUUGCAGACUUUGGCCUGGCUCGUCAUCUCUGCAACACAGAGUCUCACUCUGGGUCGUGGACCGGGAGGAUACCUGUCAGGUGGACAGCUCCAGAGGCCAUCCAACGGAGAGAGUUCACUUCGGCCUGUGACGUGUGGAGUUUUGGGGUCAUGGUCUGGGAGAUCUGGUCUCUGGGGAGUAGACCUUACACAUCCCAUCUGAUUCACAGCAGGUACUGCGUAAGGUGGCAGAAGGUUAUCGAAUGGCUCCCCCACCAGGUUGUCCCUCCUCUGUCUACAAACUAAUGGUGGAUUGUUGGCAUACAGAUCCUGAGCAAAGACCGAGCUUUGCCAAGGUACUGCAGUCAUUGCAACAUCCAGACUUCAAGUUGCUGACAUGGACGGCAGAGGAUGUGGCUGCCUACACUGAAGAGGCCAGAACACUGGGAGCUCCCCUGGAAGCUGGAGAGCAACUCUUUAUAGAUCUUCAACAAUUUUAUAUUCAUUGACUUUACAAGCUGGUGUAAUAAUACAAGUG